UUAAAAUACAUUUUCUAAAGCGGUGGGACUGACGUCAGUAGCAUGCGACAACUAUUUGAGACACACGAGCCAGGCAGCUUCAUCUCAAAAGGAGCACUCAAACUCACUUUGCAAAGGUCCCAAUCGUGAGUCCAGAUGACGGCCUCCACUCAGAGGACGGUGUUGUCGCUCUACAUGCGGGUGUUUCGCAUUGCACGAACCUGGCAAGCCCAGAGUGGGGUGGCAAGUGACACGUUGGCCGAGAGGAAGUAUAUCAUUCAGGAGGCCCGCACUUUGUUCCGACAGAACCAGCAGAUGACCGAUCAAGAAUCAAUAAAGAAAUGUAUUGGGGAAUGCGAAGCAAGGAUAGAAAUAGGUCUACAUUACAGGAUCCCGUAUCCAAGGGCUACGUACCUGCCGCCACUGGGACUGGCCACUCAGAAAGGGAGGAAGCUGCGAGCACAGCAGCGCCUGAGGAAGCAGGCCAAGCCAAUUUAUUUGGAGUCACACGAGGAGACCUGAUGCUCGGUCCGCUCACGCCGAGCUACCAGAGAACGGAACUCGAGGGUGGCGUCACCAGCCCAUCCUGCGGGGCUGAUGUGUCACUGGCGCUCGAGGACCAUGCGUUAUUCACGAUCAAGACACUUCCAGUAUAUGUUUGUUAUUAUCUUCUCUUAACAUGCAUCAUCAUGCUGCGCCAUGUCAAGAACUAGUAUAUAUUCUAUAUUUGCAAUUAAUUUAUUAUUCUAUAUUUUUUAUUAUUUUUUGUAAAGGCAGUAUUAAACUGACUUGCGAGCGCGAAUGUCAUUUGAAACAUCAGACGUCACUGCAUAGCAAAUACUGAUCAGUUGGCUCACUUUUUAGAAGCAUAAAAAGUUUCUUUCGCACAUUUUGGAGGGCUUUGCAAUAAGACAUCAAUAGGGUCUUUUGGAUCAAGUGACAUGUUCGGCCACUAGAUGUCACAGCAUACCAAAUAUUUAGUUGCUUAGCGCACUUUAGAAACAAAAUUACUUCAAAGUGCUACCGGACUGGUCAGUUUUGAUUGGAUUAAAAAUGUAAAUAUCUACCCUUCAAAUUUUAGAUUGUGUCUAAUGAAGGUCUUUUUUUUUUUUUUUUUUUCCCUCCAUAUGAUCAUUAACGUCUCAUGGCAACAUAAUACAAAUAUGUUAUAACAUCAUUUGAUAAAAUGGAGCUACAGAUGCAGUUCCAAACCAGUCCCGUGACCCAUUUUUCUGCAUCCCAUAACUAGAUCAUGGGGGGUAUUCUUUUAUUUAAGGAUUCACCUGCCAGCAUUAUACCAGUUAGGAAAUGAUGAAUCCAUCCAAGCACCAUCCCUAGAUAGAGGAGAGUGAUCCAUCAGAGCCCAUUCAAGACCCGUCACUCUGGGUGCUUUAUUUAGGGGAUUCAUAGACAGACCCCGGGGGAAAUAUGGUGGACGAAGCAUCAAAAAAAAAAAAGUCAAAGCUAAAGAAUAAUGCAGGAGCUAUACAGUGAAUGUGAGAAGGUAAUUAGAGGCUUGCAAAUAGCCGAGUCGUCUCCUCAUCUUUCCCAGUUAACUUGCUUUAAGGAUUUCCAUGCAGAUCACAUUCUUAGUUGUCCAGACUACAUUUGAACUCAUCAUUAAAUAAAUAUCAAGUUUGGUUUCACUUUAGUGGCAUAAACAUGCCGUGCUCCUUCACUCCUGUCCCACUCACGCUUUGUCUCUCUUGCCUGGACGACUGGUACAUCUGAACAUAGAACAUUUUCCCACAGGAGUGCAAAAUGCACACAGAGGUCCAGCCGUGGUGUUGGGUCGCAGGGCGGCUACUUUUGGGUAACUCGAAGACGCCAUCAAAUAUUUAGCAGGCCUCCUUUUUGCAAACAAACAUAUUAGCUGUGUGAUUGACAAGUGGUCUGUUCUCAUGGCAUGACGGGGGAGAGCUUAGAGGGCGUGACAAACUCAUUGUUUUGUUGUUAUGGUUUCCCUCAGAUGACCGAUAUGACUAAAUACCAUAUAAAUGUAUAGUCACAGUUUUGAUUCGUUUCUACGUGAGUCCGUCGAAAUAUGUCUUUCCGUGAAACUGAUCCGUGGCAGAAAUGCUGGAAAAAAAUACCAAUGAUGUCAUCGAUUAAUCGACUUUGACUUGACUUUCAUCACAUUACAAUCUACCACAGAAAAUAUUUUGUUGUUCAACUCCUAUUAUACAACUUGUGUU